UCUGAAAAAAGUUCAUUGAUUGGGCCACCCGAGAAUACACGUGAACAUGUUGUGGCUGCAUCGCGAGCUAUGCUAAACGGUGAUUGGAAAAAGUGCCGAGAUUAUAUUGUGAAUGACAAAAUGAAUGCCAAGGUCUGGAAUUUGUUCCGUAAUUCUGAGAAAGCAAAAGAGAUGGUGAUUGGUCGUAUCCAGGAAGAAUCGCUGCGUACCUAUCUGUUGAUGUACUCAACCGUUUAUACCACUGUUUCACUAGAUGUCCUCGCACAACUCUUUGAACUCGACAAAAGAACCCCAACAGACUGCUUGAUAAUGCAUCGUGUCGAACCGAGUCGUCUGCAACUUCUUGCUUUGCAUCUAACCGACAAACUCACUCAGCUUGCUGAUAGCAAUGAACAGAUUCUUGAACCACGAGCUGGUCGCAGCUACACGGGGCCAGGUGCUUGGUACGGUAUGCGACAGGAACGUAUCACUAUGGAGCAGCAACCGCGCGCUAAUCGUAUGAAUUAUCAGAUUCUUGAACCACGAGCUGGUCGCAGCUAUACGGGGCCAGGUGCUUGGUACGGUAUGCGGCAGGAGCGUAUCACUAUGGAGCAGCAACCGCGCGCUAAUCGUAUGAAUUAUCAGGACUCAUCGACAAAGGGUCGUUGGAAUGCAAAUCUUCAAAAUCGACGCCGAAUGGAGCAACGCAGUCGUUACUAA